AUGCGUGAGCUCGUGCACGUCCAGGGCGGUCAAUGUGGUAAUCAGAUCGGUGCAAAGUUCUGGGAAGUCAUCGCGGACGAGCAUGGCAUCGACCCAACAGGAACCUAUCACGGAGACUCUGACCUUCAAUUGGAGCGAAUCAAUGUUUACUUCAAUGAAGCGACUGGCGGACGCUACGUCCCACGUGCAAUUCUGAUGGACCUUGAACCAGGAACCAUGGAUAGCGUUCGGGCCGGACCCUUCGGUCAGCUCUUCCGUCCCGAUAAUUUUGUCUUCGGACAGACUGGCGCGGGGAACAACUGGGCAAAG